CUCUCCCUCCUCCCCCUCUCCCCACACUAUCCCCUCUGCGAUUGUUUAUCGUUGGUCUUUUCGACCGUACGGCUUCUUUGCAAUAUGUUCUCCCGUGCUGUUCGUCCGGCUGUGAGGGCUGGUAGCAUUGCGGUCUCCCGGUAAGUUCUUCUUCUCUUCCGGAAUGUCCACAACACCCGCCCGUCCGUCGCCUUUUCGUUUCCCUCCCACACCCCAGCUAGGCUGUCCCAGCUGGCUCCCACCCCCCAAACCACCAAUCCUUUAACCUUCAGGAAAACGAGGAGAUGGAGCUACAAGCAGACCAACCGAGUGGUUCAAUGGCUGAUUUUUUCGAAGCACUGCUCCCCCCAAUGCCGCCAACUUCGCGACUCUGCGUGAAAUCGAGGGCCGUCUCAAGUCCAUCAAGAACAUCGAGAAGAUCACCAACACCAUGAAGGUCAUCGCCUCCACCCGUCUUACUCGCGCCCAGAAGGCCAUGGAGGACUCUCGCACUUACGGUCAGACCUCCAACACCGUUUUCGAGAACGCCGAGACCAAGCCUCUCGAGGACAAGAAGACUCUGCUCGUCGUCGCCAGCUCCGACAAGGGUCUUUGCGGUGGUAUCCACUCCGGUCUCAGCAAGGCUACUCGUCGCAUGCUCCAGCAGCACCCCGAUGCCGACAUCGUCGUCCUCGGUGAGAAGGCCAAGGCUCAGCUGUCUCGUACCAACCCCAACGCCAUCGUCCUGAGCUUCGCCAACGUCUGCAAGGACAUCCCCACCUUCAACGACGCUCAGUCCAUCGCCGACCAGAUCUCUCAGCUGCCCACCGACUACGCCAGCGUCAAGAUCAUCUACAACCAGUUCAUCAACGCCCAGUCCUACGAGGCCGGUACCGUUGAGGCUUACUCUGAGGAGGCUAUCACCCAGUCUCCCAACCUCUCUACUUUCGAGACUGAUGACCAGACUCUGGCCCACCUCCGUGAAUACGCCCUUGCCAACAACCUCUUCUGGGCUAUGGCCGAGGGUCACGCUUGCGAAAUCUCCGCUCGUCGUAACGCCAUGGAGAACGCCUCCAAGAACGCUGGUGAGAUGAUCAACAAGUUCCAGAUCUUGUACAACCGUCAGCGUCAAGCCGCCAUUACCGGUGAACUGGUUGAGAUUAUCACUGGUGCCACCGCCAGUGCGGACAUGUAAAAGCUUCC